AUGUCUUCCCCCACCGCCGCCGUCGCCUCUGGCCCUUGUUCGGGCCGUAAGGUACCUGCCAAAUCGCCCCUCACUGGCAAACAAGUUCUGCCGUACUACCUGCACGCCUCGGACGCCUACUUUCGCGACGUGCAUGGUCGCGCCGUCCUGCUGCGUGGCGUCAACCUCUCCGGCUCGUCCAAAGCGCCAUUGGGACAAUCCACGUUCGAUGACCCGAAGGAGUUUUGGGAGAAGGCAGAGCACGGCGGCGAGUCGUUUGUCGGUCAGCCACUGCAGCUCGAGGACGGCAGUGCCGACGUGCACCUGGCACGUCUCUGUGCGUGGGGAUUCAACUGCUUUCGAUACGUCUUUACCUGGGAGGCGCUCGAACACGAGGGACCUGGAAAAUAUGACCACGAAUUCAUGGACUACACCGUCGAGGUCCUGCGCAAAGUCAAAGCGUACGGUUUCCGCGUCUUCAUGGACCCGCACCAGGAUCUCUUCUCACGCUUCACGGGCGGCUCCGGCGCUCCAUAUUGGGUCCUACCCGCGUGCGGCAUCGACCACCGUAACAUCACCGCGACGCAAGCUGCCUUCUUGCAGUGCGAGUGGCCCUCGCCUGAGGAACCCGACCCACAAAACUUCCCCAAGAUGCUGUGGGCGACUAACUACACGCGGCUCGCCGCCGCGACGCUCUCCGUCUUCUUCUUUGCCGGGCGCGACCUGGCACCACGCUGCGUGCUCGACGGAAAGAAUAUCCAGGACUGGCUCCAGGAGCACUUUAUAAACGCUUGUCGCGAGCUCGCACUGCAUAUCCACAAUGCCGGCGAUCUUGAGGACAUCUGUGUCAUCGGCUGGGAUAGCAUCAACGAGCCCAACGCGUGCUACAUUGGCCUCGACGCCAUCGACGUCCUCCCGGACAAGUGGCUGCUCAAGAAGGGACCCAUGCCAACGCCGCUGCAGAGCAUGCACCUCGGCGUCGGCCAUAAGCAGGUUGUCCAGGACUGGGCCUUCGGCGCACUCGGGCCCAAGAAGCAGAAGGACGUCGAGGUGGAUCCAAAGGGCAAGUCCCUCUGGCUCACCCAUGACGAAGACAUUGCCAGAGGGGGCUCUCGCUGGGGGUGGGAACGCGAUGCCGCGUGGCCGCUCGGCACGUGCCCUUGGGCAGCGCAUGGCGUUUGGGAUAUUGAAACUGGGCAGCCGCUGCUUCGCGAUUAUUUUAAAUACUACCGCGGUGGGAGUGAUUCAAAAGAUUGGCGGCCGGUCGAUUUCGUCGAAGACUACUGGCUCCCCUUCUGGCGGGCGUACGCCAAAAUGGUCCGAUCCGUUCACAAGGAAGCGAUUCUGUUUGUCCAACCUCCGGUCUUCGAACCGCCACCGAAGAGCAUGGGUGAGGCAGAUCUGCAGUCGCGCGCGUGCACUUCGCAGCACUUUUAUGACGGCCUCACGCUGAUCACCAAGCAUUGGAACUGGUUCAACGCGGAUGCCGUCGGGCUGCUGCGCGGCAAGUACCGCAGCGUCCUCUUCGCUGUCAAAGUCGGCCAGCGCGCCAUCCGUCAAAGCAUGCGCGAUCAGCUCGGCUACUUGCGCACCGAUACGCUCACCGUGCUCGGCAAGUACCCUACCUUGAUUGGCGAGAUCGGCGUCCCGUUCGACAUGGACGACCGCAAGACGUACUAUGGUGACAACAAGGGCAACGGCAUCGGCGAUUACUCUCAGCAGACGACCGCGCUGGACGUAUCGCUCAACGCAUGCGACGGCACCAACAUGCUUAGCUUCACCGCGUGGAACUACGAUGCGAGCAAUUCGCACAAAUUUGGCGAUCAGUGGAACGGCGAAGAUUUCAGCUUCUGGAGUCAGGAUGACGUCAAGUAUUCCCCAAGCGCCGCAACGCGGACAUCGAUGCCCGCGGUGCUGGACGCCGUCAGGGCGGCCGAUUCAGCGUCCGACAAGGUAGAUGACAGCCUGGCCACCGUACAAUCUAAGUCCCUCUCAUCCCCAUCCGCCUCCUCUUCCUCUUCAAUCCCCGAUGUACUACAGCCUUCUCGGCCGCCUUUGACACGGACUGACUCGUCCGCAUUGAGGCUAGACGGCGUCGCCAAGGAAACGGAUGGCGUGCACAUCCCGGCGAUCACCAACGGCUCGCGCGCCGCACAGGCCUUCUGCCGCCCAUAUCCGAUCGCAACGACCGGCACGCCGUACGAGCUCAACUUUGACAUCAAGACGUCCAGUCUGUCCUUUGCGCUCGACUUGGCCGCGGACGACGCGCGGAUGGACGCAGAGGGAAAGGACCUCGCAACGGAGAUCUUCAUCCCGUUCAUUCACUACGCAGCUGAUUCGGUCACAGGCGCAGCAAGCGGCAACGUCAGCGGCAGCGGUCAGAAUUCCCCGUUCUGUACUUCGCGCUCCCGUGUCAACACCCUGACGAAUGCGAAUGGGCACCUAGCAGCAGGAACACGGAAAGCACCCACGGUUCUGUCGAAAUCCCUCGACUCGCUUAGCCUCGGACCCAUGCCGUCAUUAGACUCGUCUAGCUCGACGCCGUCCAUUUCAUCAUCUUCUUCGUCGCCGCAGCGUAAUGGCAUGGCGCUGUACUCGUCCGCACAGAGCACAACUACCAGCUCCUCUCUCAGUCUGAACAACAUCACCACAUCAGAUAGCUCCAAAGGAAAAUUGGCCAGUUCGCAACAGCAGUCUGUGCGCGGCAGAAGAGCAUCUGCUGCUACCGCAAUAUCAGAUGCGUGUUACGCGUCGAGCAAAGACGAGUUCUCCAUGGCGCUAGAGGUGCAAGUGUCAGCAGGAAGCUGGGAUAUCGAGCCUGGCACGCAAGUUCUCAGAUGGUAUCUCCGAGACGCAGCCCCAGGUCGACACAGCCUGCAUCUGAAGAGAGCAGGCGGGCCAAUCGCACUCAGUCAGAGCGCUUCGGCGUUCAAAUUGCUCGUCGAAUCCGCAAGCUGCAUGGGGUCCUUGAUCCUCUGAAACGAUUCCUUGCACUUGUAAUACAAAAUUUUGCAACAUCAUUAUAGUGGCGAGCGCGUAGGUGGAUUGAGAGGGGAGCGCGGAGAAUUGCGAUUACUGGGAUAUAUUUGCGAAUGAAGACAGGGUCCGGAUCAGAAUAUCAUGGGGCCGAAAAGGGCAGAGCUGGCCGCGGCCGUUACAAAAUCCUCCUGGGGCAGGUUGAGAGGGAACACGUCGUCCUUGUCCAUGCUGCCGAGUAGCUCCUCGAUCUGCACAGUGUCAAAGUCGACAGGUGGUAGACCAUGGUU